AUGGGGCAAAAUAAAGGUCAUGGCGCGUACUCAACACUGACCACGAUACGCUUUGGCGCGGACAUCCCGUUGCCCAAUAUUACUGAGUCGGUGAGACUCCCACCUCGAAUAAUACUUCGUGAACAUGACAAACAACCCGUCCUUCCGCCCCACCAUAUCGAGUGUACAUUCUGUUCGACUUUGGUAUUUGACCCGGAGUGCUGGCCGGUAGGAGCCAUCUGGGUAACGGCAGUGAUUUUCUACUUCGUCAUUACAGGCUGCUAUGUAUUUUUCUACAUCCCAUUGGUACUAUGGACAUCCAUUCGCGUUUUCCUAACAAGACUACGACGUUUAGGAGGCUGCUUCUACAGGACGAUUCGCGGGAGAAUUCGCCGCGCUCGUCGCAGGCCAACGGUGGAUCUGAUUGAACUACUGGCCCUCGUGAUAAGCCUAACAUCGUUUAUGUACACGGUAUAUGGGUGUAAGGAAGUGAAUAUUUUCUCCCAUCAUAGCACCCUCUGUAGCACUUCAGGAAACCGGCAAUUAUGCAAGGUCCAGUUGUCGGAGGUCCUUAAGAUUAGUCCGUUCAAGCGAGAAGCCUGUUUCAAGAUGAAGACGAAUUCUACUACCGUGCAUGAAAUUCGACUAACUUGGAGAUCCCUCAUGCUCACGUGUGAGCCAGAGACAGACUACUUCACAAGGGAUGUCGAGUAUCGCGUAGUGGACAGCAAACGCUGCCCGCACAUGGGAUCUUGCAGCGGGUUUAAAUGCGCUAAAAUCAAUGGCUCCACCCUCAUUCCUGAGUUGGAGCAGGGAAAUGCAUACCUAGGUACAACCUACUGCGUAGAGUCGUGUGGAGGACCUGGCUGCGACUGCUGGUAUUGGGGAUCAGGAUGCUUAUUCUAUCGCGUAUAUCUCGUCACAGUCUCCAAUGAAACGUACGAAAUUUUUCACUGUAAUCGAUGGAAAGAAGCAACAAAAAUAGAAGUCAUGCAUUUUGACGCGAUAACUAACGGCAGGAAGUAG